AUGUUUUCAAACACUACAUUCAGAACAGCUUCAAGGCUGUCUUCCAGACAAGUUAGUCCGCUUCUCAAAUCAACCUCCGUAAGGGCGACGUCUUCAAGCUUUCCCGCCCAAACUAGAUCUGCGGGCACUACAUCAGAAAAUGUUACCCAAGACCAGGCGCACUCGAUUCUUGCUGCCCAGCGCAAGCUGCGCCCCAUCUCUCCUCAUCUCAGCAUUUAUCAGCCUCAGUUGACCUGGUACCUGUCUAUCCUUAACCGUAUCACCGGUGUGGCUCUCUCUGGCGGUAUAUACGUUUUUGCCCUUGCCUACCUUGCUGCUCCUACCUUCGGUCUACACCUUGAGUCAGCUACAAUUGCUGCUGCGUUUGGUUCUCUGCCUGUAGCAGCAAAAGUCGGAAUUAAGGCGGCUGUGGCGCUACCAUUUACAUUCCACUCAUGGAACGGAAUAAGGCAUUUACUUUGGGACACCGGUAAAGCAUUGGAUAUCAAAGGGGUUUAUAGGACUGGAUACGUCGUACUGGGAUUGACAACCUUGAGCACGGUGUACUUGGCGUUUAUGUAG